AAGCGCACCAUUUUAAAAUGUAAAAAGGGAACAGGAAAAAAAAUGAAUUUACCGAAAGCAUCUAUUAAAAAUAUUUCAUUGUAAGAUGUCUGACUGGGAUUCAGAACUGGAAACAAUAGCCAUUGCAAUGUCAUCGAUCGCUUUACUGAUGUCCGUCACCAUGAGUCUGGUAUCCUACUGGUACAACAUUUCACAAACACAGAAAACACACAAUUUGGCAAAAGAAAUAGAGCGUCGCUUGUCGGAACAGGAUCAUUUGAUCUUCGAGUCUGAAGUCAAGAUUAGGGAAGAUAUUUUAUCCUCAGUCAGUGCGAGUGAGGCUUCAUCUAGAAGAGACAGCAAACAAGAAAGCAUUGAUCAAGAAAUGCAUGAAAUUCGACGCAAACUCAAGAAAGAAGUUAUACCUUACAUCACAGUCUUGAAGCUACGUAUCAAACAGCAAGGUCAGAGGUUACAAAUCCUGGAGAGUUUGUUCCAGGGAGAACGAAAAUUUCCAGGGAACGUGGAUUUCAUUCUCGACCCCUUAUCUAUAUCUCCUCCUAAAAUGCUCUCGCCUGUUAUGCAAGGUGGGAGUCCCAAAGAGGUUAGUCUGUUCUACGAGAUUCUGAAACAGGCGGAAAAAUCCAUCGGCUUUGAGAAAGAAUUAAUUGAUCAAAGAAACAGAAUAAGUCAAUUAGAAAAUCUUGUCAAGAGUAUGCCAGACAAAUUUUUUAUACCGUUAGGAAUGAAAUAGCUACCAGCUACAAGAAAACUUGUACAAGGCCCGGUGAAUUCAGUGAAUUCCAAAUGAAAGAUCAAAAUAAAGUAUGUCUAAUUUGAAACAAUGUGUUUGGUUUUAA